UUUGUACUCAAUGUACAAUUAUGCAACGAAAAUUACUGUUAACAGUGGUUCCACCUAUCUUAAUUAUAAAGGGAUACAUGUGUGUACUAUGAUAUUCUUCAACAGAGCAAUUGCAAUUUCAAUUGUCACAUCCAUCUUUUCUUCAACAGAGACGCUGGAGGGACAAAGCGCUUUCCGUUUAAAAAGUCCGUUUUUUGAGCAAGGGGAUCAGAAACUUCAGAAACGAUACUAUGCUCUUCCAGACGAUGGCCUCUUAGAUGUGAGAGAUCUUUCACCAAAACCGUCACACCGCGAAGCAGAGACGAACAAAGACCAGUGGUACUCAACCGAAGAAGGCAUGCAGCUUUUCGGGAAGAUCCAUGGUGCUCUACAGGAACAUUUUGAAGUCAGACCCAGCAGGGAUACAACAAGUCAUGACCUUUGCUUGUUCCUUAAAUCCACAGGACAAGAGUUUGCUGUCAAUUUUCCAUAUAAUUUUCCCCAUGACUCAGCGAUCCUUAUCAGAGGUGACAAUCGAAAGGAAGCAAUACGUUUGACGGAAGCAAGCAGCGAGGGAGGAAACACAGAGGGUUCCAAGGAUAAAAAGGCACCUAACUCUGCAAAGGAUGAAGAGAAUGCCCAAGAUACAGAUGAAGAAGGUAAUCUUGACCCUGCGAAGAUAUCACAGUCUCCUCCUACGUCUGCACAGGAUGAAGAGAAGGACAAAGGUGCAGAGGCAAGCGGGAGUCUCGAUCCCGAGGAGAUACCACAGUUAUUAUAUCAAGGAAUUUAUCGCCUGGUGUUUGGAACACAUGUUUAAGCCGCUUGGAAAAUCCCACUUCAGUUGAACUAGGACUAACACAUGUAAUAGCUUUUGGAGAUAUAAAUUGGAAAGCAUCCUACUAAAACCAGAGGUGACGAACGGUCCUUCAGAAACUCUCGAAUUUUACGAUCCUCGCAGUCUCGCCUUUUUCUUUUCUUUUCUUUUCUUUUCUUUUUUUUGGCGGUUAUGUGCGUCUCACAAUGUCGAAUUUUUCACGAAGCUGUCUCUUGUUCGACUUUUUGUUUUUGUUUUUGUUUUUGAAGACUGAGGAAGUUUGGUAGUCUCCUGAUGUAUUAAAACUUCCAAACUUCCGCCGAGAACAGCUUAAUCCUAAAUUCUCCAAAAUUGUCAGAGUUCCAAAAACAAACGUACCUCCAUGUCAUUUUUGGGCUAGAAAUUCAACUAACUUGUUUUAGGAGAUCAAGAAGUAGUGUUAUAGUCGAAUUCUCAGUUCCAGACGGUCUCGGUCUAGCAAUUUAAAAAGUCAAAAUGUCUUGGGCUCGCUAAGAAAAACGUUAGUCUCGCCUUCUCGCAAAGUUUCGCACUUUCGUCACCCCUACAACGUGGAUUGCAAAAAAAUUUAAGUCACUUUUUAACAAAGUGAGUGUGUAGGAAUUAGCGAGGAAUUAUUACAAUUCAAGAAUUAAAAAACACUAAACUAGUGCCUUGCAAUGCUGGCAAGAAUAAAAUGAAAAAUGUAAAGGUAUCAUUCAUAUGGUAUGUCAGACAAACAUCCAGUGUAAUAUAUUAUGUUUGAUGCAGACUAAAUGCACAUCAGGCUAGGGAUUUCAACACAAUUUGAAGUCUUAGCUUACAUCUGACACUCCUGUCAAGAUAAUUCAGUUCAAAGGCAAUAAAACGUAGAAAGGGUGUAUGACUUA